GGGGCUGGGAGGAGUCAGUUCUCCGUGAGGCGAUGAUGCAAGCACGCCCACUCUCCAGUGACUUGUCCCGGUCCCGCCAUCGGCUGAGGCGGCAUGAGCCGGAGACCGCGGCCUAUGCCGAGCAGAUUUAUGGUCUGCAUUAUGUUUGGAGCCCUCACUGCGCCCGCUCUCUUCCUCCUCCUCGGCUGUUCUGCGCUUGCGCUGGGCGUCGGCUCGGGCUCCCAGGAGCGCCGCGAGACUGAGUACUACGUGGCUGCAGUGUAUGAGCACAGAUCCGUCCUGAGCCAAAACCCCCUGGAGCUCAGCAGCCGCCAGCAGGCCCUGGAGCUCAUGAAGCAGAACCUCGACGUCUAUGAACAGCAAGUGAUAGCUGCAGCUCAGAAGGCAAGAGCAGCUUUCUUGUCCUGUCUCAGAGCCAGCUGCUCUGAACCAGGAGAAACCCUGGGCUCUCAAGGUCCCCCUGAGAAAUCGGGCCUUCUACCAGCAAUGACCCAGACAAGGGCAAGUCCUGUGGUGGAGGCGUUUAAUGGCACGGUGCCACCACAGCACCUGCAGGCUCACCUCUUCUGGCUUCUCCAUCUGUCCAUGGGUGUGCAGAUUAUAGUGUUCCCAGAAGAUGGCAUCCAUGGGUUCAACUUCACAAGAACAUCCAUUUACCCAUUCUUGGACUUCAUGCCAUCUCCCAGGAUGGUCAGGUGGAACCCCUGUCUGGAGCCCUUUCGGUUCAAUGACACGGAGGUCCUCCAGCGCUUGAGUUGUAUGGCCAUGAAAGGACAGAUGUUCUUGGUGGCCAAUCUUGGAACAAAACAGCCUUGUCUUCACAGUGACCCCGAGUGCCCACAUGAUGGGAGAUACCAGUUUAAUACAAAUGUGGUGUUCAGCAACAAUGGAACCCUUGUUGACCGCUACCGUAAACACAACCUGUACUUUGAGGCAGCCUUUGACUCCCCAGCUACUGUGGACCUCAUCACCUUUGAUACCCCCUUUGCUGGCAAGUUUGGCAUGCUCACUUGCUUUGACAUCCUGUUCUUUGACCCCACCAUCCGUCUUCUCAGAGACUCUGAGGUGAAGCACAUUGUAUACCCCACUGCCUGGAUGAACCAGCUGCCACUCUUGGCAGCCAUUGAAAUUCAGAAAGCAUUGGCCACUGCCUUCAGUGUCAGUGUUCUGGCAGCUAACAUCCACCACCCAACUCUGGGGAUGACUGGCAGUGGCAUACACACCCCUCUUCAGUCCUUUUGGUACCAUGACAUGGACAACCCCAGCGGCCACCUUAUAAUUGCCCAGGUAGCCACAAACCCACUGGGCCUAGUUGGGACAGAGAAUGCAACUAGUGAAACGGACCCAUCCCAUAGUAAGUUCUUAAAAAUCCUGUCUGGUGACCCAUACUGUGAGAAGGAUGCCCAGGAAGUGCACUGUGAUGAGGCUGCCAAGUGGAACAUGAAUGUACCACCUACUUUCCACUCAGAGAUGAUGUAUGACAAUUUCACCUUGGUCCCUGUCUGGGGAAAGGAAGGCUAUCUCCAGGUCUGCUCUAACAGCCUCUGUUGUCACUUACUUUACGAAAGGCCCACCCUGUCCCAAGAGCUGUACGCCCUGGGUGUCUUUGACGGACUCCACAAAGUGCACGGCACGUACUACAUUCAAGUCUGUGCCCUGGUCAAGUGUGGGGGUCCUGGCUUUGACACUUGUGGCCAAGAGAUCACAGAGGCACAGGGCCUAUUUGACUUUCACCUGUGGGGCAACUUCAGCACUUCCUAUAUCUUUCCUUUAUUUCUCACCUCUGGGAUGACUCUGGAUACCCCUAACCAGCUUGGGUGGAUGAAUGACCACUAUUUCUUGAGGAAGAGUGGACUGUCCUCUGGCCUGGUGACAGCAGCUCUCUAUGGGCGGUUGUAUGAGAGGGACUAGGAAAAGCGUGUGGUCAGUGGGAUGGGCUGUGCCAGCAUGUCUUUCCACAGACACUAAAUGCUGGGACCAACCGACUGCCCAGAGGGUAGAAAACCACUUCUGUAUCCCACCCUGGGAAUGGUAAGAUGAUGGGAGAGGCAGUUCCUUUUUCCUUUCUACAUAAUGAUUGAGAUAUUUUCUAUUCACAUUCUUUUUCAAGCCACAUCUUCUUCCCACCACACAAUUGGUUUUAAAU